AUGGGGUCCCGCAGGGCCCUGAGCCGCGGCUGGGCCUUGGGGGGCCGUGCUGAGACCGGGGCAGGGGGCGAUGGCGAGGAGGAUGGGCCUGUGUGGACCCCGGGCCCCGCCAGCCGCAGCUACCUGCUCAGUGUGCGCCCUGAAACCAGCUUAUCAAGCAGCCGGCUGUGCCACCCCAGCGCUGGAAGCUUCCAACGCUAUGAAAAGACAGCGGGCCACGCGGCCCUCGGGCCUGCAGUCAGCUCCCUGCUGCUCCCGCUGCCCAGCGGGCGGCUCUGGCGGCUCGCGGUGGCUGCCGUGGCGUGGGCCCGGGCCCGGAGCCCUCGCUGCUCCCGUCUGCCCGCUCCCUGUUCCCUCUCAGGAUACCCCGAGCCGGAGGUGACAUGGUACAAGGAUGACCAGGAGCUGGACCGCUACUGCGGCUUGCCCAAGUACCAGAUCACGCACCAGGGCAAGCGCCACACGCUGCAGCUGUUCAGGUGUCAAGAAGACGAUGCAGCCAUCUACCAGGCCUCGGCCCGGAACUCCAAGGGCAUCGUGUCGUGCUCGGGGGUCUUGGAGGUGGGCACCAUGACCGAGUACAAGAUCCACCAGCGUUGGUUCGCCAAGCUGAAGCGCAAGGCUGCGGCCAAGAUGCGGGAGAUGGGGCAGAGCUGGAGGCAGGGCCCGGAGGCCGCGGCCGAGGCCGAGGCCCUGCGCAAGCUCAGCCCCGACCGCUUCCAGCGCAAGCGGAGACUAAGCGGGGGCCAGGCGCCCGUGCCCCCCGCCCCAGCGCGGGAGGCCGAGGAGGAGACCCCGGCGGCCUGGCAGGAAGGGGAGGCCCAGUCCGCCCAGCACACAGGCUUGGGCCUCCUCAACAGUUUCGCUCCCGGAGAGGCGCCCACCAACGGGGAGCCGGCCCCCGAGAACGGGGAGGAUGGGGAGCAAGGCUUGCUGACCUACCUCUGUGAAGCCAUGGAGCUGAGACCGCACAGAGCCCCCCAGAAGGAGUCCGGGGCCAAGAAGAAAAGGAAAGAUGAGGAGCCGAAGCCCAGCCCGAGGAGGGCCGAGCCGGACAGGGCGGCCCCCGGCCAGCGCCCGGCCGAGCACUGCGGCUCCGAGAGCCCAGGCCCCAGCCGGGAGCCUGAGCUGUAUUUCUCCCUGAAGGACAUGUACAUGGAGAGCACCCAGGGCCACGGGCCGCAGGAAGCUCCGGGGUCCCCACCCCCAGGGGCGCUGGCACCCGGACAGAGCCCCCCGGGGAAGGAAGACGUCCAGCCUAGAGGCGAGGGGGCGCCCGCCGUGCCCAGCCCCCCCACGGCCUCCCUCGCGCCGCCACCGCCCAGGCCUUUCAACAGGAAGAGAUUCGCCCCUCCGAAGCCCAAAGGGGAGCCCGCGGCCACAGCCCCCAACACGACCACGGAGCCCGGGGCCCGGGCCUCGGGGGCAGCCCCGCCUCCGGCCUCCGGCCAGGUGCCCACGCCCCCUGCCCGGCGGAGGCACGGCGCCCGGGACAGCCCGGGGCAGGGCCGCAGGACCGCGGGAGAGGUCCCGGAGUCCCAGGCUGCCAGGUCUCCUCGCGCGCCUGCCAGCGGCGUGCUCUCCCCCGCUGCACAGCAGAGUAGCACGGACCCCAUGGAUACCGAUGCGGCCCUGGCCCCCGGAGGCCGGGGAGGGGCGCAGGCCCCACGGAGCCAGGCGGGCAGCGUGCCAGCCACCACCCAGAGCACGCAGACAGGCCGGGAGACGCAGGACGCUGAGAGGCAGCCAGCACCCAAGAGUGGCCGCAAGGACGUGGAGACACAGCGGGGACAGACCCCGCAGGAGGACACGGGGCACACGAGGGCGCAGGGCGAGGAGACCGGCCUCAGCCCGCCGCCCGGGACCCCCGGAACCCCGCGCUCCCAGGCACCCAGCACACGGCUGGCGGAGUCCGUGCUGACCCCUGAAGUGUGUUGUGACCCCGAGAAACCUGGUUCUGAGCUUAGAUCCGAGGAGCCCCUAGUCACAGCCUCCAUAAACCACGGGCACACCGCCCAGGGUCCCCCACCCGGGAGCCCCGGGCGCCCGGCUCAGGAGGGGAGCCCGGAGCGGGCAGGUGCAGGGGAGGCCAGCCCAGAGGAUGGCGGGUCCCAGCGCCCCGAGGAGCUGCCAAGGGGGCACGCAAGCCAGGUCCUGCCCACCGCGCCUGCACGGCCCCCACAGGAGGAGCCCCGCGGUACCCCAGCGUCUCCACACGGGGCCCCCGAUGCCCUCCUGCCCUCCAGGCACCAGGCCCUGCCCAGCUCUGCCCCCACACUGCACCUGGGCCCAGGGCCCCCCGCCCAGAGCCUCCCCCAGGGGCCCUCAUCUGCCAGCCAUGGGGGGGCCUGCGCCAGGGAGACAGAGGUGGAAGGGGGGCCCCCGGGAGCCCGGGGCUGUGACCCUGGCCUCAUAGACUCCCUGAAGAACUACCUGCUUCUGCUGCUGAAGCUGUCCAGCGCGGAGCCCGGCGGGCCAGGGGCCCCGGUGCCCGCCGUGGCCGGGCUGAGUCCCUGCACGUCGAGGCGCAUUCUGGAGCGCGUGGAGAAUGAGCACCUGGUGCAGAGCGCACAGACGCUGCUGCUGAGCCCCGCCACCUCCCGACGCCUCACCGGCCUCCUGGACCACGAGGUGCAGGCCGGACGCCAGGCCCUGGCUGCCGCCCAGCGCCCCGGCCCCGGCCCCAGCCCCGCCACCAUCCCUGCCAUCGUGGUGGGUGAGGAUGAAGAUGCCCUCGAGGGGCCCAGCCCCCCCGAGUCUUCCCAGGAGCAAGGCCUGAGCGAGCCAGCCCCGGAGAACAGCACCCCGAACAGCACCCAGAACAGCACCCCAGAUGACAGCAUCCCAGAGAGCAGCCCCCCAGAAAACAGCCCCCCGGAGCCCUGCCAGGAUGAGGGGGUCCCAGGAGGGGCUCCCAUGGGCCUCCCCGCGGCCACGCCCGAGGAGCUGGCCCUGGGGGCGCGGAGGAAGAGGUUUCUCCCCAAAGCGAGGGCCGCAGCUGACGGGGAAGCCGCCAAGCCCGAGGACAAGGCCACGAGCCCCACGGUCUCUCCCCGGGGACCCCGGAAGAGCCUGGCACCGGGGUCUCCAGGGACGCCGGGUAGGGACAGGCACUCCCCCACCCAGGGGAGGAAGGGCAGCAUGCUGGAGGUGCCCCGGCCCGACGAGGAGCCGACGGCGGGAGACCCGGGCCCCGAUCCCAAGGCCAGCGGUCAGGACACAGAGCCAGGGCCAGAGGAAAACAAGGCCAGGAAGGCCAAGGACCUGCUCAAAGCCCCACAGGUGAUCCGCAAGAUCCGCGUGGAGCAGUUCCCAGACGCCUCGGGGAGCCUGAAGCUCUGGUGCCAGUUCUUCAACGUCCUCAGCGACUCGGUGCUGACCUGGGCCAAGGACCAGCGCCCGGUGGGCGAGGUGGUGCUGUCUAGCUUCGUCUCCAGGGAGGAAGCGGAAGUCGGGGAGGAGAUCGAGAUGACGCCCAUGGUGUUUGCCAAGGGCCUGGCGGACUCGGGCUGCUGGGGGGACAAGCUCUUCGGGCGGCUGGUGAGCGAGGAGCCCCGCGGAGCCCGGCCCCGGGGGGACCUCCGGAAGGCCUCCCGCGCCAGGGUCAUCUACGGGCUGGAACCCAUCUUCGAGUCGGGCCGCACGUGCGUCAUCAAGGUGUCCAGCCUGCUGGUGUUCGGGCCCAGCGGCGAGACGUCUCUCCUGGGCAGAAACUACGACGUCACCAUCCAGGGCUGCAAGAUCCAGAACAUGAGCCGGGAGUACUGCAAAAUCUUCGCGGCGGAGGCCCGGGCUGUCCCCGGCUUUGGCGAGGUGCCCGAGAUCAUCCCGCUCCAUCUGAUCUACCGGCCCGCCAACAACAUCCCCUACGCCACGCUGGAGGAAGACCUGGGCGAGCCCCUGGAGCCCUACUGCUCCCGGGAAUGGGGCGCCGGGGCCCCCACAGCCUCCAGCAGCUCCGAGGCCAUGCAGAAAUGCCGGAGCUUCCAGCACUGGCUGUACCAGUGGACGAACGGCAGCUUCCUCGUCACGGACAUGGCAGGGGUGGACUGGAAGAUGACUGACGUGCAGAUUGCCACCAGACUGCGAGGAUACCAAGGUCUCAAGGAGAGCUGCUUCCCUGCACUGCUGGACCAGUUUGCCUCCUCCCACCAGUGCAACCCCUUCUGUGAGAUGCUGGGGCUGACGCCCCUCAAGGGCCCCGAGGCCGCCCACCCCCCGGCCAAGGCCAAGGGCUCCAAGAGCCCCUCUGCUGGCCGGAAGGGGCCCCAGCUGAGUCCUCAGCCCCAGAAGAAACCCCAGCCCAGCCCGCAGGGUGCCAGGAAGAGCAUGCCGAGCCCCAAGGCCACCCCUCGGGCCUCGGAGGCAGCCGCUGCCCUGGCACCAGGUCACCCCCGAGCCCAAGAGGGGGGCUCGAAGCCCCAGGGCACGCGCAACUCGGCCUCCCUCACUGCCGCGUACCCCCAGAGCCAGCCUUGCGCCCUGGUCUCCGCCAGCAGGCGCCAGCUCUUCUUCCUGGUCGCUGAUGCCCACUCGCUGCGCCCCUCGGCUGGCUGCGAGCCCGCCUGCCGCCUGCCACUACUGACGGCAAAAGGGAACCGUGUCGACUGGAGUAGAAAGCCCGCAUCGGGGCUCCCAGCACGAUUUGGGGCUCAGUCUUCUGUGGCGACGCCCCGCCUGCACGGCCGGGAGGCCGGGAGCAGGAGAGCGGCCAGCGAGCGCUCGGUCCAGUCUGCAGCGGCCAGCGAGCGCUCGGUCCAGUCUGCAGCGGCCAGCGAGCGCUCGGUCCAGUCUGCAGCGGCCAGCGAGCGCUCGGUCCAGUCCACCGCGCUGCAGACACGCUGCGCGGGCCCCGCCCAGGUGGCCGGCGGGAGACCAGGCCCAGGCCGCUGCCCUUCAGCCCCCGGGGGCCCCACUCCGUACCCCAUCUUCCCGCUCAGGGACGGCAGCUCCAAGAACAGUGGCCCCUCCAGCGAGAGGAGACAGAUGCAAAAUGAAGCUGAGUCUCUGGACUCUGCCCCAAGUUCUGCUGAGAUGACAAGGCGGGGCUGGCGGGAGCAGCCUGGACCCAGUCCCCUGCAGUGCGGCGUCCAGGCCACCUGUCACCAGACCGUGACCUCUCCCGUGCGCGGCUGGCUGACUCUCCCUGACAGUAGCACCGCGGUCCUGUCCGUGAGCAGCUUCUGCUUCCGGGAGGCGUCGGCGUCCGGGGAGGGCGAGGGUAUGGAUGGGCCUUGGUCAGCCUGGCUGGAUCACCGGAUGAGGCGCCCCCCUGGCGUCCCCGUGGCGUCCCGUCCCGUCCUUGGCGCCAGGCAGCUGCGGGGAGUGGCAGCGCUCGGCCACCCUUCAGGCGCGCUGUGGGCGCUGGCCGGGGCUCGGCCUGCAGACACUGGUCUGGCACAGGCCCACGGCUGA